CCAUUCUGUCAUUGCCAUCUCGGCAGAACGGAGACUGUUCAUUCCCAGCCACGCUGAGUGUUGGGGGGGACAGCACACUUUUGACUUUGUUUAAGUCAGAUCUCACAGAGGAAUAUACUUUUUCUUCACGAUAUCCAACGGAUCAGCAAGAACAGGAGGAAAAGAGAGUAAGGAAAAAAGCUUACAAGGAUUUCUUCUCUCAUUUUUUUUCUAAUUGAAUUGAGAAGCACGUGACAGCUGGUUUUGCCACUGGAUUCUUUCACACAACAAGACGUGAGAUUAUCUUUAUUAUUUUCCUUUCAUGUUGUGAUUUUCAGUUUUACUUUGAGAGAGCAUACUGAUAUAAAGCACAAUGGUUGCUGGAAUGCUGAUGCCCCUGCGGGAACUGAGGGCUAUCUAUGAGGUCCUGUUCAGGGAUGGUGUCAUGGUGGCCAAGAAGGACAAGAGGCCUCAGGCCAAGCACCCUGAGAUAGAAGGUGUGAGCAACCUACAAGUAAUCCGUGCCAUGGGGUCUCUUAAGUCUCGGGGUUAUGUGAAAGAGACUUUUGCCUGGAGACAUUUUUACUGGUACUUGACCAACGAGGGCAUUGUUUACCUGCGUGACUACCUCCACCUGCCCCCUGAGAUUGUUCCUGCCUCCUUGCAGAGGAUCAGGAAGCCAGCUGCCACCCUGGCCAUUGCCCACCGGGCUUCUCGGGUCCAAUCUGUAGAAGGUCCUACUUCUUAUGUUCCUAAGCCAGGACGCAGGGGUGAAGCAGAGAGCCAGGAGUCUCUGGCUGAGCGUCAAGGCUACCGCCAUAAGAUGAUGGGUCCUGGAGAAAAAGAGAGCUACUCUGAUAGGACCCCCAGGUUUAGGGGUCGUCCGCUGGCUGCAGAACCAGUCAGGCCAAAAGCAUCAUGGGAAAUGGAGGACCAGCGUCAGCCUCUUUUUAGGAGGGGAAACAACUUCAGAAAUGAGUCAGCAAUGAUGGAGGAUGGCAAGGUGAGAAGAGUCUCUCAUCAGCAGCCUGAUGUGAGCAGUGAGAAGCCAGUAACAGCCUCACAGGAGAGAAGAGUGGCUGAAGUCCAAAAGGAGGCACCAAUUUCUGCCCAGACUCAGAGAGCAGCUUUGAAACAGGAUGCGCCACAGACCACUCUUACAUCAGUGUUCUCCAAGGCAGCCCUACCAUUAAGUGUGGCUGCUGUCGCUGAGGCUACAGGUGCUGCAACAUCAAAGAUUGCAGCUGAACCAUCCACUGCCAAAAUAAAUACAGAGAAGCUCAAGAUCGCUGAUGAAAAAGCUUCCAUGAAGCCUAAGGAAGUGGUAACAGGCAAUUCAGCUAUAACAAUGCUUCAUGAUACAGUAGUCAAAGAGGAGAAGACAAAAAAGGUGAUUGUGGAUCCAAUUAAAUCUGCACAGGUUAAGGCUAUGGCUGAAACUGUGCAUGAUAAAGUAAAGCCCCAGGCAGUUAUUACAAUGGCUGCCUCUCAGGAAACCUCCAGUCUGCUUACUCCCAAUGCCACUCCUGUCAUCACAAAAUCUGUCAAAAAAGAUAUCAAGGAAGAGAAAACAAUUAAGGUGACCAUGGAUCCGAUUCAGUCUGCAGAGAUCAAGGCUACAAGUGAAGUGGUAAAUGAUGAAGAAAAACCCCAAGAAGUUAUGACAAAGGCUGCUGCUCCAGAAAUGUCCAGUCUUUUCACUGACACAUACACUUUCAGCCCUGUCAUCACAAAACCUGCCGAGAAAGAUGUCAAAGGAGAGAAGACAACAAAAGUGAUUGCAGAUCCAGUUAAAUCUGCAGAGGUCAAGGCCACAGCUGAAACAGCACCUGAUAACAUGACGGCCCAGCCACUUAUCACAAAGGCUGCUGCUCAGGAAACCUCCAAACUCAUUACUGACGCCAACACUGCCACCCCUGUCAUCACAAAACCUGUCAGUAAAGAUGUGAAGGAAGGGAAGGCAAAAAAGAUGAUUGUGGAUCCAGUUAAAUCUGCAGAGGUCAAAACCACAGCCAAACCAGCAACUGAUAACAUGACGGCCCAGCCAGCUAUCACAAAGGCUGCUGCUCAAGAAACCUCCACAAUCAUUACUACCACUGUGACUUCCACCUCUAUCAUCACAAAACCUGUCAGUAAAGAUGUCAAGGAAGACAAAAGAAAAAAGGUGAUUGUUGAUCCAGUUAAAUCGGCAGACGCCAAGGCUGCAUCAGAAACAGCAAAUGCUGUAGUAAAACCCCAAGCAGCUAUUACAAUGGCUGCUGAUCAGGAAACCUCCAGCCUGCUCACUGACACUGACGCUUCCACCCCUGACUUGGCAAAACCCGCCAAUAAAGGUGUCAAGAAAGAGAAGACAAAAAAGAUGAUUGUGGGUCUAGUUAAAUCUGCAGAGGUCAAGGCCACAGCUGAAACAGCACCUGAUAACAUGACGGCCCAGCCAGUUAUCACAAAGGCUGCUGCUCAGGAAACCUCCAAACUCCUCACUGACACUAACACUGACACCCCUGUCAUAACAAAACCUGACAGUAAAGACAUCAAGGAGGAGAAGCUUAAGAGUGCAAAGGUCAAUGAGGAAUCAAUUAAACCUGCAGAAGCGAAGACCCCAGUUGAAUCCAAAACAGAUGAUGAGAAAGCCAAGAAAACUGCCAAAGUAACUGUUACUCAGGAGACCACCAAACCCCCACCUGACAGUACCACCAUGGAGCCAGUGUCAUCCACUAAUGCAGGAAAAGAGCUCUCUAAAGUUAAAGUGACUCAGGUGCCCACUGAUGCUGAAGUGACCUCAGCGAAUCUCUCAACAAGGGAACCCACUGUGGUGACUGAGUCCUCAAUAUUUGAAGUUAAAACUACUAUUAGUAAAACAGCUCUCUCUGCACCAACUGCCAGUUCUGAAGAUGCAAAACCCGUCAAAGGGAAAGCUACAGAUACAGAGAAGAAAGAUGAAAAAAUAGUGCCAGAUGAGGCCCUUAAAGCCUCAGUACAGGGCCCGACAUUAGCGCAAAAAGAGUCACCUCAGGUCAGUGAAAAUAUUGCCACUACAGAGGUGGUUACGGAAACCAGACCAGUAGUUGAGGGAAGCUCUAAAUCGAAAAGGAAGAAAAAGAAAUCUCAAGGUGAGAGAUCCAAGAGUGUUGAGGAACUACCUGAGUCAAAGAUGGAGAAGGAUAAACCCUGUGUAGACAUGGCCCCUAAGGAGGUGGCUGAAAAAACCCUUCAACCCACAUCAGUGACUAUCUCAGAGCAACAGACCGUGUUUACCAGCAUAAAGACUGAGGGGCCGGUAGAGGAAAAAAAGACUCAGGCUAAAAUAGAUACUGAUGGAGGGAAAAUAAAGAAAGCCCCUAAACAAACUAAAAUGGAGCCAGUAGUGGAAGUCUCUAAACAAACUAAGGACCAAAGUAUUUCUGAAGUAGCAUCACAACCACAAGAUCAGAUCCCAGCAGUGCCCCCAGUGGUGCUCAAAGAUGAUGCACAAGUAAAAGAGAAGGUUGAGGGAAGCAGUGUCAGCAAAAAAACACAUGGACCAUUAUGCUCUGAGGACAAGUUAACCGCUAAAUCGCCCCACGCGGAGCCAGUGAAGUCUGAGGAAUUGACUGUCACUAAAGUGGAAACAGUGACUGUGCAGAAAAUAACCCAAGUGGAGCUCAUACAAGCAAGUCCUAAACCUGAAGGGAAAAGCCCUGUGCCAGCGUCAGAAUCUCAGAAACCCACAGUUGAGACUAAAUCCUUAAUAAGCACGGGGAAAGCUGCAGAGGAAUCUUCAAAAGGGAAGAAAAAAGGUAAAGGGAAGAAGCAGGCGCAGCCACCACCAUCAGACACCAUAAACACAAAGCCUGUCUUUUUGCCUGAAGCUGAACCAUCCCCUAACAUUACAUCAUUGCCCAAGGCCACAGUUAAAGACAGCCGUGUCACGACCUCUGAAGUGACAGAACUAAAUGUUUCUCCAAAGAUGACUCCUGAAAGAAUGUGCAGUGAGGAAACCAAGCAGGCAGCAGCUGUGCUCUGUGAGGCCCCGGCAGACAAAGGGGAGGUGGAGCCAGCGCUGCUCUUUACAGAAAAAAUCAAGCGGGAGGUUCCGAAACCAAAAACAUUCUCCACUGCGAGGGAAGCACCCGCAGCCGGAGAAUUAGCGUCAGCAGCACCAGCGGUAACAGCACAGGCAGCUGUAGCUCCGGCUCAAGCCAGCCCCCUCGACAAGCAAGAGGAGCCUCCCAGAGUUGCACAACAUUCAGCCAGUCAGGCAGCAGAGCGCAGCACAGAGAAAAGGCUCUCUGUUUCCGCGGCCUUAAAACAGGAGGAAGAGAAGAAGAAGGACUUGGAAGAGGACACACCCUCUGCCACUGCCACACCCGCAGCUGCCCAGCCUGACCAGCUUCACCUGGUGGACAACUGUGAGUCCGGAAGCUCAGACACAGACGAGGCCACCAUGAGGAAGAAAAUUGUAGUGGUUGAAGAGAUAGUUGAGGUGAAGCAGAUUAUUAGUCCUGAUGCAGGGGGACAGUCACCUCCUCCACCUGUAAUACCUGCGGAGGAUGAAGAGGAACUGGAUCUGGAUGUUCUGGAAGAAAUUGCCAUAGAGCGUGCACUUUUGGCAGCGGCACCAGGGGUCAGAGUGCAAGGAGCCUCACCUGAGGAAGACUGGGACCACUCACUGGAGGCGCCAGAGGAGAAGCAAUGGCCUAACUUCUUUGAAGAUGAACGAGAUAGAGUACAGAAAAAGACCUUCACAAAAUGGGUGAACAAGCACUUGAUGAAGGCGCAGCGUCACGUGACAGACCUGUAUGAAGAUCUUCGAGAUGGACAUAACCUGAUCUCGCUGUUGGAGGUUCUCUCUGGAGAAACGCUGCCCAGAGAGAAAGGUCGCAUGCGAUUCCACAAACUGCAGAAUGUACAGAUAGCACUGGACUUCCUCAGACACCGGCAGGUCAAGCUGGUUAACAUCAGAAACGAUGACAUAGCAGAUGGGAACCCCAAGCUGACCCUGGGGUUAAUAUGGACCAUCAUCCUCCACUUCCAGGUCUCCUCUUCUAUCUCAGAUAUUCAGAUCAACGGGCAGUCAGAGGACAUGACAGCCAAGGAGAAGCUGCUGCUCUGGUCCCAGAGGAUGACGGACGGCUACCAGAACAUCCGCUGUGAUAACUUCACCACCAGUUGGAGGGACGGCAAGCUCUUCAACGCCGUCAUUCACAAACACUAUCCCAGACUCAUCGACAUGGGCAAAGUGUACAGACAGACCAACCUGGAGAACCUGGAACAGGCCUUCGGUGUGGCAGAGAGAGACCUGGGAGUGACACGCCUACUGGACCCUGAGGAUGUUGAUGUCCCACACCCUGAUGAGAAGUCCAUCAUCACUUACGUAUCAUCUCUGUAUGAUGUCAUGCCUCGGGUUGAUGUACAUGAUGGCGUCAGAGCUAACGAGCUGGAGCUGCGCUGGCAGGAGUACUACGAACUGGUGACUGUUCUGCUCCAGUGGAUCCGCCACCAUGUCAUGAUCUUCGAGGAGAGGAAGUUCCCGAGCAGCUAUGAGGAGAUAGAGCUCCUGUGGCGCCAGUUCUUGAAGUUCAAAGAGACCGAGCUGCCAGUGAAAGAGACCGACAAGAACCGGUCUAAACACAUCUACCAGUCCUUUGAGAGUGCCGUGCAUGCUGGUCAGGUGAAGGUCCCUCCAGGCUACCAUCCCAUCGAUGUGGAGAAAGAAUGGGGUAAACUCCAUGUGGCCAUCUUGGAAAGAGAACGGCUGCUCAGGAUAGAGUUUGAGAGACUUGAGAGGCUCCAGAGAAUUGUCACUAAAGUCCAGAUGGAGUCGGGUACAUGCGACGACCAACUCAACCACCUGGAGACCCUUCUGCAGAAGGACAUUCGUCUGAUGAAUGCAGGGAAACCACCUCAGCACACAGCAGAGGUGGAGAGAGAGCUGGACAAGGCAGACCAUGUGAUUCGCCUGCUCUUCAACGAUGUGCAGGUACUCAAGGAUGGGCGCCACCCUCAGGCUGAACAGAUGUACCGCAGGGUUUACCGCAUCCAUGAACGCCUGGUGAACCUGCGCAGCGAUUACAACCUCCGCCUGAAGACCUCUGUGACAACUGUCCAGGCUCCCCUGGUGCAGACCACCCAGCAUACCAUUGUUAAAGCACGGCCCGAGAUGGACGAUGUGACCCUUCGCUAUGUCAAAGACCUUCUGGCGUGGGUGGAGGAGAACCAGCUUCGCAUUGAUGAGGCUGAGUGGGGAUCUGAUCUGCCCUCUGUGGAGUCCCAGCUGGGCAGCCACAGGGGCCUGCACCAAACUGUGGAGGACUUCCGAUCCAAGAUUGAACGUGCCAAGGCCGAUGAGAGCCAGCUUUCUCCUGUUAGCAAGGGUGCGUACAAAGAGUACCUGGGUAAACUGGACCUUCAGUAUGGCAAACUACUGAACUCUUCCAAGUUCCGCCUGAGGAACUUAGAUUCACUCCACGCCUUUGUCAGCGCUGCCACCAAGGAACUGAUGUGGUUAAACGACAAAGAAGAAGAGGAGGUCAACUUCGACUGGAGUGACAGGAACACCAACAUGACAGCCAAGAAAGACAACUACUCGGGUCUCAUGAGAGAGCUGGAGCUGAGGGAGAAGAAAGUCAAUGACAUCCAGGCCAUGGGAGACAAACUUGUCAGGGAUGGACAUCCUGGCAAGAAGACAGUUGAGGCCUUUACAGCCGCUCUGCAGACUCAGUGGAGCUGGAUCCUCCAGCUGUGCUGCUGUAUCGAGGCUCAUCUCAAAGAAAACACAGCCUACUACCAGUUCUUUGGCGAUGUCAAAGAGGCUCAGGACAAGAUGAAGAAAAUUCAAGAGAAUAUGAAAAAGAAAUACAGCUGUGAUCGCACCACCACAGCCACACGCCUGGAGGAUCUGCUGCAGGAUGCUGUGGAGGAAAAAGAGCAGCUGAAUGAAUACAAGACCCUUGUGAAUGGCCUGAACAAGAGAGCCAAGUCCAUCAUCCAGCUGAAACCACGCAACCCCACCACCGCCAUCAAAGGCAAACUGCCCAUUCAGGCCGUCUGUGACUUCAAGCAACAGGAGAUCACUGUCCAUAAAGGAGAUGAGUGUGCACUCCUCAACAACUCGCAGCCCUUCAAGUGGAAGGUCCUAAACCGCUCUGGACACGAGGCGAUAGUGCCCUCCGUCUGCUUCAUGGUACCUCCUGUCAACAAGGAGGCCGUGGACAGUGUGUCCAGUCUGGAUGCAGGUCAUCAGCAGUUGGUGUCUAUGUGGCAGAAGCUCCAUAUCGACAUGAAGAGCUUGCUGUCAUGGCAGUACCUGAUGAGAGACUUCACACAGAUACGCUCCUGGAACAUCACCAUGUUAAAGACCAUGAAACCAGAGGAGUACAGGCUGUUGAUGAGGAACCUGGAAAUCCACUACCAGGACUACAUACGUGACAGCCAGGACUCGCAGCUCUUUGGCCCAGAUGACCACACGCAGGUCGAGGAGGACUACACCAAGUCGACCCAGCAUUUCGACAACCUGCUUCGCUCCAUGGAGAAAGGGCUAAGGGUUAUUAAGCUCAAAGGUCAACAGGAUGAGACCCUGUGUAAGAACUACAUCUCUGAGAUCAAGGACCUGCGUGUGCGUAUAGAGGACUGUGAGACUGGGACUGUGGCUCGCAUACGCAAACCUAUGGACAAGGAACCACUGAAAGAAUGUGUUCAGAAGACAACAGACCAGAAGAAAGUCCAAGUAAAGCUUGAGGGCCUCAAAAAGGACCUUGAUAAGGUGUCUGUGAAGACACAAGAGGUCCUGGCCUCCCCUCAGCCGUCUCCCUCAGCUCCCGUCCUGCGCUCAGAGCUUGACCUCACUGUCGAGAAGAUGGAUCAUGCUUACAUGCUCUCCUCGGUUUAUCUUGACAAGCUGAAGACCGUGGAAAUGGUCAUCCGUAACACACAGGGUGCUGAAGGAGUUCUCAAGCAGUACGAGGACUGUCUGCGUGAGGUUCACACCGUGCCAGGCGAUGUCAAGGAAGUAGAGGCUUACAGAACAACGCUUAAGAAAAUGCGGGCUGAGGCUGAAGGUGAACAGCCAGUGUUUGAUUCUCUGGAAGAAGAGCUGAAGAAGGCCACUGCAGUGAGUAACAAGAUGUCACGUGUGCACAACGAGCGUGACGUUGAGCUGGACCACUACCGCCAGCAGCUGUCUAAUCUUCAGGACCGCUGGAAGGCUGUGUUCACCCAGAUAGAUAUUCGCCAGAGAGAGCUAGAGCAGCUUGGCCGCCAGCUAGGCUACUAUCGUGAUAGCUAUGAUUGGCUGAUGCGCUGGAUUUCUGAUGCCAAGAAAAGGCAGGAGAAGAUCCAGGCUGUGCCCAUCACUGACAGCAAAACUCUGAAAGAACAACUGGCCCAGGAGAAGAAUCUACUGGAGGAGAUUGAGGGUAACAAAGACAAAGUUGAUGAGUGUCAAAAAUAUGCUAAAGCAUACAUUGAUACGAUCAAGGACUAUGAACUCCAGCUGGUGGCCUACAAAGCUCAUGUAGAUCCUCUUGCUUCACCCUUGAAGAAAAGCAAACUGGAUUCUGCUUCUGACAACAUCAUUCAGGAGUAUGUAACACUGAGGACCAGGUACAGUGAGCUGAUGACACUGACAAGUCAGUACAUCAAGUUCAUCACCGACACGCAGCACCGCCUGGAGGACGAGGAGAUGGCCGAUGCACAGCAGAAACAAAUUGAAAAAGAGAAGAUAGCCCUCGAGCAGACAUUCCUUACAGAAAAGGAGAUGCUUUUAAAGAAAGAGAAGCUGAUUGCAGAGGAGAAAAAGAAGCUGGAGAGCCAGUAUGAAAAGGAAGUCAAAAAGGCCCAAGCUCUCAAAGAUGAACAGGAACGCCAGAGACAGCAGAUGGAGGAGGAAAAGAAGAAACUCCAUGCUACAAUGGAUGAGGCCCUCCAUAGACAAAAAGAGGCUGAGCAAGAGAUGCUCAACAAGCAAAAAGAAUUGCAGGAUAUGGAGAGGAAGAGACUAGAGCAGGAAAGGAUUCUUGCAGAAGAGAACCAGAAAUUGCGUGAGAAGCUGCAGCAGCUUGAAGAAGCACAAAAGAAUGUCCCUGACAAAGAGACCAUACGUGUGACAAUGGUUGGGUCACAAAGUGCAGUUUACAAUGGCCAAAAUGCUGGUGAUGCAGCAGACAGUGUGGAGAAGAAACCAGAUCCCUUGUCUUUUGAUGGCAUACGUGAGAGGGUACCUGCAAGCAGACUUCAUGAUGUUGGCCUUCUAUCCAAGAAGGAAUUUGACCAGCUAAAGAAAGGCAAAAUCACUGUUCAAGAUCUUGGUGAGACUGAAGCACUUAGAAGAAUUCUUAAAGGAAAGAACGGCAUUGCUGGUGUUUUGACGCCAUCUAAUGAAAAAAUGUCAAUCUACCAAGCAUCAAAAGAGAAAAAGAUUACUCCAGGCACAGCUAUGAUCCUUCUUGAAGCCCAAGCAGCCAGCGGUUACAUGUUAGACCCUAUUAAGAAUCAGAAACUUUCUGUAAAUGAGGCUGUCAAAGAAGGCGUUAUUGGCCCUGAACUGCACAACAAAAUGCUUCUGGCUGAGAGGGCAGUUACUGGCUACAAAGAUCCAUACACUGGUGGGAAGAUCUCUGUCUUUGAAGCCAUGAAGAAAGGUCUGAUAGAACAUGAUCAUGCCAUCAGAAUCCUUGAGGCUCAGCUUGCAACUGGUGGCAUCGUUGACCCAAUCAAUAGUCACCGUGUACCUAAUGAAACAGCCUACAAACAGGGACAAUAUGAUGCUGAAAUGAACAAGAUCAUGGAGAAACCUUCAGAUGACACAAAGGGAUACUUUGACCCAAGCACUCAGGAACCUUUGACAUAUGCUGAGUUGAUGGCGAGAUGCACCACUGACCCUGACACCAAUCUGCUACUCUUGCCAAUCACAGACAAAGCUGCUCAGUGCUCAAGUAUAUACACAGAGGAGGAGACCAAGGAUGUGUUCAGCAAAACAACUGUGUCCGUGCCAUUUGGACGGUUUCAGGGCAAGACUGUCACCAUUUGGGAAAUUAUCAAUUCUGAGUACUUCACUGAAGACCAGAAGAAGGAUCUUCUCCGUCAAUACAAGACAGGAAAAAUCACAAUUGAAAAAAUCAUUAAGAUUGUGAUUACUGUGGCAGAGGACAAAGAGAAGAAGAAUGAAAUUACCUUUGAUGGUCUGAGAGCACCAGUUCCUGCCACUGAACUCCUGGAAUCCAAAAUCAUUGAUAAAGACCUCUACAACAAAUUGCACAAGGGCAAUAAGACAGUCAAAGAGGUAUCUGAAAUGGAGCCUGUCCACAAAGCAUUGAAGGGUACAAACUGUAUUGCAGGUGUAGUUAUUGACUCAUCCAAGGAGACAAUGUCUUUCUAUCAGGCUAUGAAGAAGGACAUGAUGAGGGCAGAGCCUGCCUUGCAUAUGCUUGAAGCCCAAGCAGGCACAGGCUACGUGGUUGACCCUGUCAAUAAUCAGAAGCACACAGUUGAUGAAGCCGUCAAAGCAGGAGUUGUUGGACCUGAGCUGCAUGAAAAACUCCUGUCUGCAGAGCGGGCUGUUACAGGUUACAAAGAUCCUUAUACUGGCAAGACUGUAUCUUUGUUCCAAGCGAUGAAAAAAGAUCUCAUACCUAAAGAACAAGGAAUCCGACUGCUCGAUGCCCAAAUGGCCACCGGUGGCAUCAUUGAUCCAGUAAAGAGCCAUCACAUUCCUCAUGAUGUGGCAUGCAAGAGAAACUAUUUUGAUGAUGAAAUGAAAGAGAUUCUUAACAACCCCACUGAUGAAACUAAAUGCUUCUAUGACCCCAACACAAAAGAAAAUGUUACAUACUCAGAGCUCUUCAAGAGAUGUGUCCCUGACAAGAAAACUGGUCUCCCUCUCCUGCCUCUUUCUGAUGAAGCAAUCAGUGCAAAGGAGGAGCCAACAUACACCGAUGCCCAGACAAAAGAGGCCAUGACUCAGGCAACUGUGGAGCUCGACUCUGGGCCAUUUAAGGGCAGGAAGAUGACCAUCUGGGACAUCAUCAACUCUGAAUAUCUCACUGAGGAACAAAGGCUUGACCUGCUCAGACAGUUUAGGUCAGGAAAGGUUACAAUUGAAAAGAUAAUCAAGAUCGUCAUCACAAUCGUAGAUGAGAAAGAGGCCAAGAAGCGAGAACAGUCCAACUUCAAGGGACUUAGAGCUCCUGUCCCAGCAAGUUCUCUGUAUGAUUCAAAAAUCAUUGACAAACCAACAUUUGACCUUCUUCAACAAGGUAAAACAACACCUAAACAAGUUAGUGAGAAUCCCAAUGUCAAUAAAUACCUCCAGGGCUCUGAUAGCAUCGCUGGCAUCUACCUGGAGCCAACCAAAGAGAAAGUAAGCAUUUAUCAGGCUAUGAAGAAAAAGCUCCUUAGACACAACACAGGUCUUUCACUUUUGGAGGCCCAGGCAGCCACUGGAUUCCUUGUAGAUCCAGUGAGAAACCAGUGCCUGACAGUAGAUGAGGCAGUGAAGUCAGGUCUUGUUGGUCCAGAACUACAUGAAAAACUUCUCUCUGCAGAAAAAGCUGUCACUGGCUAUAAAGAUCCAUUUACAGGCAACAAAAUCUCCCUCUUUGAAGCAGUGCAAAAAGAUCUCAUCCCGAAAGAGCAUGCCAUGCCACUGAUAGAGGCACAGAUGGUUAGUGGAGGAAUCAUUGAUCCUGUAAACAGCCAUCGUGUCCCAACUGAUGUUGCAUAUCAGAAGAACAUUUUCAGCAAAGAAAUGGCCAAGGCUCUAUCUGAACCAUCUGAUGAUAAUAAGGCUUUCUCAGACCCAGAGACCGAUGAGAAUGCUACCUACAGACAGCUUAAAGACAAGUGCCACAGAGAUCCAGAGACAGGCCUGUACAUCCUUCCACUCUCCAAGCCUCAGUCUCCAACUGUUGUAGAGAAGACAUAUCUCUACACGGAGGAACAAACACAGAGUGACCUGGCCAGUACCCAGAUUGACAUUCCAAUCGAGGGCCUUGCUGAUAAACCAGUGAACCUCUGGGAAAUCAUGAACUCAAAUUUGCUUCCAGAGCAAGAGAGGCAGAAGCUCAUGGAUGACUAUCGCUCUGGUAAAAUCACUAAAGAGAGGAUGAUCAUCAUUAUUAUUGAGAUCAUGGAGCAGAGAGAGAUAAUCAGAAAUGACAGUCCACUGUCAUACAAGACUAUAAGGAGAAGGAUAACUAUUGAGGAGCUGUACAAUGCCCGCAUCAUUGACUUGGAGACAUACAACCUCCUUAAACAGGGCAAGAGGGACAUCCGUGACAUAAUGGAGAUGACAAAUGUGAAACAGUAUCUCUAUGGCACAGGCUGUGUUGCUGGGGUCGCAACAGACUCAAGUUCCAAGCUAAGCAUAUACCAAGCAAUGAAGAGAGGCUUUAUUAAACCAGAACUAGCCCUCAGCCUCCUAGAAGCACAAGCUGCUACAGGAUUCAUUGUUGAUCCACAUAAAAAUGAAACACUCACAGUUGAUGAAGCUGUACGUAAGGAAGUUGUCGGCCCUGAGAUCCAUGAUAAACUUCUGUCAGCUGAGAGAGCAGUCACAGGGUACAAAGAUCCAUACAGUGGUAAAAUCAUCUCUCUUUUCCAGGCUAUGAAAAAGGAUCUUGUUCCAGAGGAUUAUGCUCUGAAAAUGUUAGAGGCACAGACUGCCACUGGUGGAAUUAUUGAUCCUGAAUUCCAGUUCCACCUGCCAGCAGACAUUGCCAUGCAAAGAGGUUACAUCAACAAGGAAACCAAUGAAAAGCUGACUUACAGUGUUAAAGGAUUCACCGACCCUGUCACUGAUGAGGACAUAUCAUAUGCAGAGCUUCUCAAGAGAUGCAAGUUAGAUGGUGGGUUGCGCCUACUCUCCCUGGGAGACAAGAGGCUGAUGUUCAAGGGUCUGAGGAAACAGAUCACAAUGGAGGAGCUGCUCCGCUCACAAAUUAUUGACCAGGAGACUGUCACUAAACUGAAUGAAGGUAGUAUUUCAGUGGAGGAGGUUACAGAUAAACUAUCAAGGUACCUUGAGGGCACAAGCUGUAUUGCUGGUGUAUUUUUAGAAUCUACAAAGGAGCGUCUAUCAAUUUACCAGGCCAUGAAGAAGAACAUGAUAAGGCCAGGCACAGCAUUUGAACUCCUUGAGGCACAGGCAGCCACAGGAUAUGUCAUUGAUCCAAUCAAAAACCUUAAACUGACUGUCAGUGAAGCAGUGAAAAUGGGAAUUGUAGGACCUGAAUUCAAAGACAAGCUCCUCUCUGCUGAGCGUGCAGUGACAGGGUAUAGAGAUCCUUACACAGGCAAGACAAUCUCUCUGUUCCAGGCCAUGAAAAAGGGGCUUAUCUUGAAAGAUCAUGGUAUCCGUCUCCUGGAAGCCCAGAUAGCUACUGGUGGAAUCAUUGACCCAGAGGAAAGUCACCGUCUGCCAGUUGAGGUGGCCUACAAACGUGGCUUAUUUGAUGAGGAAAUGAAUGAGAUCUUGACAGAUCCAUCUGAUGACACCAAAGGCUUCUUUGAUCCCAACACUGAGGAAAACCUAACCUACCUCCAGCUCAUGGAGAGGUGCAUCACUGAUCCUGACACUGGCCUGGUGCUCCUGCUACUGAAAGAAAAGAAGCGGGAAAGGAAGACCUCCUCCAAAUCCUCAGUUCGUAAACGCAGAGUAGUCAUUGUAGACCCUGAGACUGGCAAAGAGAUGACUGUGUACGAGGCCUACAGAAAGGGGCUAAUUGACCACCAAACCUACCUGGAGCUUGCUGAGCAGGAGUGUGAAUGGGAAGAGAUCACAAUGACCUCAUCUGAUGGUACUGUUAAAUCCAUCAUCAUUGACAGGAGAUCAGGAAGACAGUAUGAUGUUGAUGAUGCUCUUUCACGUGGCCUCAUUGACCAGAAAGCCCUUGAUACAUACCGAUCUGGAAACCUAGCUAUCACAGAAUUUGCUGACAUGCUUUCUGGAAACAUGGGAGGUAUUCGCUCACGCUCAUCCUCUUUUGGUUCCACCACUGGUUCCACCUACUCCUCUCCCAUGAGCCCCAUACCCUCCAUUAAAGCACCUGCAGUCAUAUGGAAUGACCCAGCAGAGGAGAUUUGCCCCAUAGCAGGAAUAUUGGACAUAGACACACUGGAGAAGGUGUCUAUCACUGAGGCCAUACACAGGAGCCUUGUAGACAACAUCACUGGCCAAAGACUGUUAGAGGCUCAAGCCUGCACAGGAGGAAUAAUUGACCCAGUAACUGGAGAGAGAUUCACAGUUGCUGAUGCUACAGAAAAAGGCCUUGUGGAUAAAAUCAUGGUUGAUCGCCUCAACCUGGCUCAGAAAGCAUUCAAAGGAUUUGAAGACCCCAGAACUAAAGAAAAGAUGUCUGCCUCCCAAGCCCUCAAGAAAGGCUGGUUGUACUAUGAGGCUGGGCAGCGUUUCCUUGAGGUCCAAUAUCUGACUGGUGGACUUAUUGAGCCUGAUGUGGAGGGAAGAGUGUCGCUAGAUGAAUCUAUCAGGAAGGGCACAAUUGAUGCCCGCACUGCCCAGAAACUGAGAGAUGCCGGUGCUUAUUCUAAAUAUCUAACAUGUCCAAAAACCAAACUGAAAAUCUCCUUCAAAGAUGCCAUGGACAAAAGCAUGGUUGAGGAAGGAACUAGCUUAAGACUUCUGGAGGCUUCCUCACAAUCCAGCAAAGGCCUCUACAGUCCCUACAAUGCCAGUGGGCCUGGAUCUGCCUAUGGCUCCCGGUCUGGCUCAAGGACCGGAUCCCGAUCAGGCUCCAGAAGAGGCAGCAUUGAUGCUGGCUUCAGCAUGAGCUUCUCAUCCUCCUCCUACACAUCCUCUUCAACCGGCUACAGCCGCAGAUUCUGAUUAGAUAGUUCUGUCCCUAACAAUGGCCCAAGUGUCUAAGAACCAACAAUACUAAUGCACUUUAUAGUUGCAUUUUUUUUUUUUUAACAGGAAAAAAUAGUUACAGUAACAUGGAAAUAUAAUUUAUUUAUUCUGCCCUGCAUGUAGUCACAUCAACAACUGCCUAGGCUAAUUGAUUUUUUUCACAUAUAACAGAUGUCUAAACAUGUGCCUCAUAUAUGGAGACAUUACCAAGCAUUGCUAGAUAUAUAAGAUAUUAUUUUUCUUUAGUACUAAUUACCAGUCAGUUUAUAUUUUUCAAGGCAAAGCAUGACAUUUCUGCUGGUUUUUAAAUGACUUUAUAGUUUUCAUUAUACACUUGUUAAAAAGUUGUAUAGUUGUGCUUUCUGAAACUAAUAUAUACUGUAUGUAUGUCAAACAGAGAUAUUUUUCCAGUAUUCCUUUGAAAUUCAAGGAUAUUUGUCUAUUUUUUAUCUUUUUUGACAGUCCUACUUGACGAGAUACUGUAUGACAACCUAGUUCUAGUGUUUUUAACAGAUUCUAAAAUACAUAGAUGCCUUCACAUUUCUGAAUAUUUGUAUAGAGUAUGGACAUAUUUUGUGUUGUGAUUUUUUGUGAAAUGUUACCUGGGUAACUAAAUAAUACACCCAGCAAAAAUACAACUGUGAGACACUACAAAAUAAGACACUACACCAGUAUAACACUGAAAAGACAUGCCAGAAUUAAAAUUAUGCAGACCAUUCUGAAACCAGUUUCACAUCUGUCAUUAUUUUUGUACUCACGCCCAUUUAUAUUUAGUGGUCUUGCAUCCUUUUGGUUUAUCACACCAUUGUUUUACACACUCCCAAGUUUUAGAUUCUUUAUGUUCACCAUCAGUCAAGUGUUCCUGGUUAAUCCCAAGAUGAUGUCAGACUUGAUCCUGCUCUGCCAUACUGACCUACGUCCUGUUAUUUUGGUUCUUCUGCCUCAGCCCCCCAGAAUCCAACAUUUGAGCACAGAUACUCAGUUGGACGGAGCAUACAGUCCCUUCAAUUUGGAUGGAUUCGUGAGUCCAUGUCAUCCUCACGCAGUUACACAGAUCUGCCAUUGAGUAUGCCCUUUCUUCCAUUGUACAUCACAUUUGAAGAAAGCUGAGGCUGAGUCAACCUGACAUCAUCUCGGGAUGCCUUUCUAGGAACACUCUUUAUUCAUGACCUUUUUUUAUAUAUAUAUUUAUUACUUGAAUGCCAACAGUGAUAUUUAUGUUGUCAUAUCCUGAUUUCUUAAGACAACACUCCCAAAGCAAACACAUCUGCAUGUGUUGUCCUUCAUUUAAAUUUGGAUUAAGUAUAGUAGAGCAGCACAUCUUUGUUUAGCUGCUCUUAGGUCCAUUGGUAUAUUUUUGUAUUAUGUCUCUGUAAAUUCAAUCCUACCAAAGUGCUAAGAGGAUACAUUUGGACAAUUGACAUGUUUGAUACAGCACCACAUUGCAUGAAUGUAUGUAUUAUAUCAAAUUAACUCUUUCAGUUGACAUUUUGCAAACAGAAAGUUUGAUGCUUUAUUUUGCUUAUAGUUAUUUUUCUGUAGCAAGUAUUUCUGUUAUGUAUCUCUAAAGUGUUUUACCACUGUAAAUCUUUUUAUUUUUGUUUUCAUCAAGUUUUUGAUAUAUCAUGAAUUUGCCUUGCAUGUUUUACUAACCUUACAAAGGAUGAUUUGGGGGACAAUGUUCAUAUGAAAUAAAGACAACUGCACAUGUAGCUGUGCUGAUUUUAAUUUUAGCAAUAUACCAAUUCACAAACUAACUGGUUCGUUUUGUGUAUGGGGCAGAUUUUGCUUUUAAUGAUGUGGUGAGUGGAUUUUGUUGUAUGAACAUUAACACAAUGUUGUAAAUAAAUGUGCUCUGAGGAGA